AUGGGAAUAAGGACUUGGGGAUAUCGCCCCCACGAAACGCCGGUGUGUACCAAUGAGGCAAGGGAAGGUUUCGGCAUGUUUCUGGAACAGAACCGCGGGGCCAUUGGACGCCCGCACAUGCCCGCCUACUGGUCCCUGGGAUUUCAGCUCUCCCGGUGGGGUUACGGCAACAUUGAUGUCUUAAAGGAAACCGUCAACCGCAUGCACCGCUAUGAUAUCCCCUAUGAUGUCCAGCAUCUUGACAUCGACUACAUGGAACGUCGCCUAGAUUUUACCUAUGACAAAGAGAAUUUUGCAGGUCUGCCAGAGUACCUCCAAGAGCUGAAGAAAGCAGGAAUGCACAACAUCAUUAUUCUGGAUCCUUUCAUAACUAAGGACGAAGAACCAGGUACUUACAGGCCAUACGACCUUGGAGAGGAAAUGGGAGUCUGGGUGAACAACUCUGAUGGUGUAACUCCUGCUGUUGGACAGGCCUGGCCUCCCGGAGAUUCAGUGUUUCCUGACUACACCAACCCCAGGACAGUCGAGUGGUGGACCCAGUUGUGUCUGGAGUUUAAGAAUGUCCUUGACUAUGAUGGGAUCUGGAUUGAUAUGAAUGAACCUUCCAAUUUCUUACAAGGCCAGUUUCCUGGAUGUGCUGAUAAUGAUAUCAAUAACCCUCCUUACAUUCCUAGCAUUUCUGAUCGUUCCCUGGCUCAAAAGACAUUGUGCCCCGACUCCAAGACUUACCUGGGAGAGCACUACAACACACACUCUCUCUUUGGCUGGUCACAGACUGCACCAACUUUCCAUGCUGCCCAGCAGGCAACUGGCAAGCGGGCGUUUGUCCUGAGUCGGUCUACCUUCGUCGGCAGCGGGAAGCACGGGGGUCACUGGCUGGGUGACAACUUCUCCCAGUGGAAGGACAUGCACUACUCUAUCAUUGGCAUGCUGGAAUUCAACCUCUUUGGCAUCCCCUAUAUUGGUGCUGACAUCUGUGGGUUUAACUACAACACUACCUACGAACUCUGCUUGCGCUGGAUGCAGCUUGGCUCUUUCUACCCAUUUUCCAGAAACCACAACGCAGAGGGAAACAUGGAGCAAGACCCAGCGUUUUUUGGAGAAGAGUUUGCCAAGAUAUCUCGAGCUACGCUCCGGAUCAGAUACUCCCUUCUGCCAUACCUCUACACCUUGUUCUUCGAGUCUCAUGUUCAUGGCAACACAGUGGUACGAUCACUGAUGCACGAAUUUACCUCUGAUCAGCAGUCUCGUGGAAUAGACACUGCCUUCCUUUGGGGACCUGCAUUUAUGGUUGCUCCUGUUCUUGAAGAGGGAGCGAGAUCUGUGGAUGUGUAUUUCCCUGAAGCAACGUGGUUUGACUACUACACUGGUUACAAAGUGCCAAGUGCCUGGCGCGGGACGUAUGCUACCGUCGCUGCCCCAUUGAACAAGAUCCCUCUGUUCAUCCGUGGAGGCUACAUUCUGCCAGAACAGGCUCCAGCCACCACAACUACCAAGAGCCGCCUGAACCCAUUUGGGCUCAUUAUUGCCCUGAAUGAACAAGGAGAAGCUUCUGGGUCUCUCUUCUGGGAUGAUGGUGAUUCGAUCGAUACUAUUGAAAAUGAGAACUACUUCUUGGCUAAAUACACAUACGGCGCAGGCAACCUGAAGACAGAAAUACUUAAAAACGGCUACCGCGGGGCUGACUCUCUGAGGUACAACAAAAUAACAAUUCUGGGCCUGAAACUGAAACCUCACGCUGUCACUCUGAAUGGAAGAGCCAUCCGUAGAGAUGCCUUCUCCUAUGAGCUGAAUGGGGUAAGAGCUGCGCUGAGGGAUUAUGAAAAGUCUAGGGGGCAUGGGAAGAGUCAGUGA